AUGACCAGAUUACCCUAUUGGCAUGCCAGGCGCAUUGACUGGCCUGAGACCAACAAUGAAAUUCUGGAAGAAAUAUUUGUGACAGUUCCAAAUGCAGUAGAACGUGUGUUCUAUUUGUUGGGAUAUCACGCAUUGUUUAUCAUCUUCAUGUGGGCUUAUUGGCAAACCAUAUUCACUGAGAUUGGUCGUGUGCCAAACCAGUUCAGGUUACCACCAUCAGAAGUGGAGAAACUGGCAGAAGCAGACACAGAGGACGCUCAGCGCCAAGUUCUGGAACGAUUUGCACAGAAUCUUCCUGUCACCAAUCGCACUGUUACUGGAGUGCGGUACUGCCAUAAGUGCCAGCACAUCAAACCAGAUCGAGCUCAUCACUGUAGUGUAUGUGGGGAAUGUGUUCUAAAGAUGGAUCAUCAUUGCCCCUGGAAUGAACUGAAAGAAAUGAGCCGUUUCCACAUACUAUUUUUAUUCUUUGUAUCAGUGAUGUUUGCAAUUUCACUGGUGUCACUGUUUGGUUACCAUUGUUAUCUGGUGCUGCACAAUCGCUCCACCCUAGAGGCCUUCCGAGCACCAGUAUUCCAGGCAGGCCCUGACAAAGAUGGGUACAGCCUGGGAAAGUACAAUAAUUUCCAGGAAGUGUUUGGUGACAAUCCCAAAACGUGGUUUUUGCCACUUUUCACCAGUUGCGAGGAGCAGUUGGAGAGAUCACCACAGCCAAGUCCAGCUCUCCUAGUGCCCAUCGAGUGCCCUGCGUGAUCUGCCUGCCUGCCUGCCAGCUUCCUCACUCGAUCUCAGCCUCUUUGAGGGCGUGUGUACACUGCAACUAGUGCACAGAACUGUAUCAUGUGAUUUCUCUUUAUAUAUUUGUGUCAUUGUACUUGGUCCAGUACUUGUAUAUAAUAUUUGCAUUUGCAGAAGAUCAUGUGUAUAUAGUGCUGCAGUUUGUUGCCUCUCUCUACUUAGCACUUGUACAUCGCAAUUUUGUAAGGAAAUAUGAGUGGUCAGUCAUGCCUCAGUUGCUUUGCAGCGACAAUUAAACCAAACAUUGCCAUCCUUACUACUUGCAUUUUUCUUUGUGAUCUUUCCUUGUUAUAACUUUAUGAACAAUGAGUAUAAUAAACUUAUAGUAAACAAUGA